GAGUCCGCAAACAUCCUGACGACAGCGCAUCCUUGUUAUUGUUUUCAUUUUUCUUUUCAUUGCUUGUAUAACGGUCGACUUGAACAGCAGAUCCGCUUCCCCCACGCGACCAAACGCUACGAGGCGUCGGCAUUUUUAGGGGAUCUCCAGCCCUCAUCCAGGCCAGGCCAGGCCAUCCGCAGCCCAUCAGUCUCAGGCUAGAGUCUGCACAAUUCAGCUUGCGCUUGCGAUGAAUUUAAGUCCUUGACCGAUUUGCCAAUUAGAAGCCUCACUUAGCCGAUUGUUGGCGUUUCUCCAACUCCAGCUUCAGGUCCAAUAAAGUGUUGUAUAGCCUUGAUGUGAUUUGUGAGAUGAGUCUGUAAUCAUGACAAUUGAUAAAGUACAGUCUCUGAGUUCGGCGUCUCCACCAAUCCAUGUACACGUUGACCAGGAGACACCCGUCCAUGUCCAUGUCAAGAAAGGAGCCAAGAAAUCGGCUUCUGCGAUUGCAGUAGAGGAGAAACUUAAAGCUAGCAAGAAUCGUUUCAAUGUAACGUUGGGAUCAACUGGGAACCUGCGACCUUCAAACAGCGCAAGAGGACCGUGGGUUCCUGCACCAGGCAGGAGUACCAAGGGACAGAAAUUCAGCUGGAAUGGAGCUGGUGCACGGCUGGACAUCCAGCCCCCAACCAGGGAUGGAUCCAGCUCCACGAUGAGGAUGGAGGAUCUAAGAGAUGGGGAUAACAGGGCGGACGAACAGUACAGAGAUUAUGAGGACCGGAUAGGCACCCUCAUGACUGAAGUCGGCUCUCUCAAAACACAGAGAGAGGUGGAGAGGAGCAAGCGAGCAGCAGAUCGAGCCAAGGAGGAGCUGAAACUGUCCAGGAGGGUCCUGGAGGAGCAAGAGGAGGAGCUCCUAGGCUUCAAGGAGGAGCUCCAUAUAACAGAGAAGGAGAAUAGGCAUCUCAGGAAGUCCAUGGAGCAAAUAAAAGAAGAUGCAGACACUUCAAGAUUGGGGAAGAGUCUUGCCAGCUCUGAGAGAGACCAACUGUUGAAGAAGCUUGUAGAGACCGAGAUGGAUGCCAAGUCAGCUGCCUAUCAAGUGGAUGAACUGAGAGAAGUGGUUCAAAGACUACGAGAGGAAAAGCACAUGACUGCCAGAGAUAGCAAGGUGCUCUCAAAGCAAAGACACCUCCUCCUGGAUAAACUACAGGAUUUUGAAACUACAAACUCUUCUUUACGAGGCAUGCUACGAGAUGAACAUAAAAGACAGUCCCGUCAGAGCCAAGCGACAGAGCAGCGAGACGUCCUCCUGAAGAAGCUGACCGAAGCGGAAGGAGUGAACCAGAGUCUUAGACUAGAAGUCCUUGAGAGUUCCAGAGUGGUAGAUUCCAUGAGGGCCAACCUAGACCUAGAGCGGACCCAAGCCAAGUCCCUGGCUGACCUUCACGGGACUACGGAGACUACCAGAGCCCAUCUUCAGAAUCAACUCAGGAAACGAGAGGCUGACUGCAAUCGCAUGGCAGUUCAGAUCAGGAACGUUGAGAAUCAAGUAGAGCGAGAAAAGCUUGAAGGGGAUCACCUCAGGGCCCUGCUCCUGGCUGCCAAAGAAAAGGCCUCCGCAGACAAGGAGGCCCUCAAGAGAGCGACCCGGGUGCAGAAGGACCGUGCGUCAAGGAGCGAGGAUGCGGUGGAGAAGCUGCAGCUCCAGGUCCUGGAGGCGGAGACCAGACAGGCGGAGACAGGAGCCCAGCUGGAUGAAUGGAAGGGACUUAAUAACAGGGUCACCAGGGAGAAGAAUCAGUUGGAGAGUCAUAAUGAAUCUCUAAAAAGGAAACUAGAAGAACUGGAGCUGCAGGUGAGGGAACUAGACAUGAGUUCCAGAGUGAACCUAGACAGGGUCAACACAGAACUGCAUCAUAAGAGUACAGAAGGAAGUAACCUUAAACUGGAGAAUGAAAGACUACAGAUUUCUCUGAAAGACGCCCAGGACAAAUUGACCCAUGCACAUUCCAAUAUAGACGAACUCAAAUCCAGUAUACAGCAAUAUGAAUCCUUAGUUGCAGAUUACAAAGCACAGUUUACACAUACAGAACAGCAUGUCAUUCAUACAAUGAAUCAAUCAAGAAGAGAAGCAUUGGAUGUAUCUCAUCAGUUGGAACAGAGUCAACAUGAAGCUACCAGGGUUAAACAAGAAACUAGCAGAGAAAUCGGCAAGGUUAGAGGUAGACUGGAGCAAAGGCUUCUAGAGCUGGAACCGCUACCGGGUAUGCUGCGCUCCACAGAACAGAAGCUGGUUGAUGCUACAGAGAGACUCCUCGAGCGAGAGCAAAAGACGAUGGAGCAAACCAAACUCAUUACAGAAUUGUCCACAAAAGCGGACCAGAGCGGCACCCAGAUGGAGAAUUUCCGGCAGAAAUGGAUGUCAGCCGACGAAGAGAACCAUGCCCUCAAGGCCAAGUUUGACUCAGUUCAGAGGAGGUUGCUAGAGUGUGAGAAGCAGAACGAGGAUUUUCGCCUGAAUCUGUCGAGGAGAGAUGAAUCCGUACACGAGAUGCAAUUGAGCAUUGAAGAGCAGAAGCGUGAGAACUCCGGCUUGAUCCGUCAGCUGGAGCAGUCCAUCGCGGACAGCCGUCGUCUGGAGGAGGAGUCUCGAGAGAAGGCGUUGGCACGGGAACGGAACAGUCAGGCAAGGAUCCUAGACCUUGAAGCUCAGCAGAGUAGAGCUAAAAGUGAACUUGUACAGAACAGGAGACAGAAGGAAGAUUUGGAGCGUAAGUUCAACUCCCAGGUUUAUGAUCUCAAGGAUCGGCUAGAGCAAUCACACAGUACUAACCGCAGCAUGCAGAAUUACGUGUCUUUCCUCAAGAACUCCUACGCAAACGUCUUUGGCGAUACGUCCGGCAUGGCCACAUCACCAUACCAACCUCGAUCGUCGGCACACACUUGAUGUGGUGGGAAUUUUGUACACAACGACUGUACUGAAUUGAAUUGAUAAUCAUAUCACGUAUACAUGUAUUCAUAUUCAUAUUAUUAUUAUUACUUAUACUGCGCUUUUCCCAUAAGGCCCAAAUCGGUUAUAGUGAAUAAAAAUUAAAAUUACACAAAUACAUAUAAUAAGAAAAACAGUCUUACAACUACAAACUGCAAAAAAAGAUAUGUUUUUAAUGCCUUUCUGAAGGUAAUAUCUGAUGGAGACUGCCUAAUUCUUAGUGGUAGAUCAUUCCAUUUUUUUGAAGCAGAUACAGUAAAAGAGAUGGAAUAGCAUAACAGAAUGAACACUAUUGCAGUAGUUGAUAAUGCUAAUGAUUUGAUAUAUGUGAUCAUGGGAAAUGUUAUGUAAUCAUCAACAUAUAGUUCAAAUGACAAAUGGUGCUUUCGUAAAAGCAGCUGAAAUGGAAUGCACCAGACACGUCAAUGAUAAUUUCAGUUCAAGUAAAGAUUGAUGUAUAUUAAUUUAGUUUGAAAGAAGUAGGAAGAAGGGAGAGGUGGGGUGGAUUAUGGACAGAAACAUACAUAUCCUCAUUCAGCAUGCACAUUAGAUCAACCAUUUUUCAAGGUGCUCAGACAAUCAAGGAAUUUAUUUUUACCACUUAUCCCUGGGUAGAGAGUGGCAAGUGUAGAUCAAUGUCUUGCCAAAGGACAUUAGUGCCUGGGUAGGAUUCCAUACUUUCAACCUCUCUCUAGGUACUGUAAACAUGGUAGGAGGUCAAAGGUCACAAUGUCAUGUGAUUAUUGUGUAGAUAUUGUCCGGAAGAAGUAAUUCACUUCCAAAAACAGAGGCUUUUUGUAGCAUCUAAUUGUGUAUUCCCUUGAAUUUGUAGUCUAUUUCUUAUGAAUUUAACUUGCAUGAGUUUGUGCAUGUAGAUCAUGAAUGUGUAGAUAUCAAACAGAAAGAGUUAUAUUUGUAAAGAAUCUGUAACUUAACUCAUUGUUUGUAAUGAUUGGAAAUACAUGUAAUUAGAGAGAUAUAAUUCUGUUUGUUUUCACUGGCAAGAGUGCUAUUGGUACACUGUUUUAAGCCUGUCUGUAUUGGUACUUUAUUCAUCCUAAAUUGAAAGCAAUUCUUUGUAUUUGCACCUAACAUAAUUCUUUGUUUUUAACUGGCGAGAGUGCUUAGGGUACUGUGUUUUUAGCUUGAUCAGGGAUGCCAGUUUUCAGGCAAUAGCCUGAGUUCAGGUCCUGGCGAGUUAUUUUCAGACCAUAGUUUAGGCUUUUUUGUGUACAAAAUAGCUAAUUCUAGGUGAUUUUCAGGCCCUUUGAUCAAUUCUAACUGGCAUCCCUGCUUGAUUAUAUGUAUUUGAUGAUCAAUACAUAUCUCAAUAAUGUGACAGUUAUCAAGUACAUCGCUACACGUCUAUUGGUGAACUUAAAAGAUGGUGUUAAGAUAAUAUUCUGUAAAUGAAGUAUUUGUUAAGAGCAUGAGUUUGUGUGAAUGUUUUCGGACAAUCAGUAAUCUUUUUUAAUUUUUAAAAUGUGUGUGUCAUUAUAUAUUCAACAGUGUUUUUAUCUGUAUAUCAUUCUUUUUAAGAGCAAUGUUACGUACGAUCAGACCUUUUAAUGAUUACUUUGAAAAUUGACAUUAGGAAAAAUGAUAUGCCUUCAAAGUUGGUACCCAUAAUGAAAUUGUGAAGUUGUUUAUACCUGUCAUUCUGUAGGUGACUUGGUAACAUUGCCUCAGAUCUGACACAAAAUCCUGGAUAAAGCUAAUGCUGCAAUCAUAAUUAUAAACCUUUAGGUCAGUCAGGAUAUUACCGGUAUUGUAUUAUUACAGUGGAAAUGAUGAUAAACAGUUCAACUCCUGUCUUUGUGUCUAAUUUUCUUAAAUUAUUUACUCCCAUUUUAGUUGUAGAGAUAUCUUGCUCUUUUUUUAAAAACCAUAUACUGCUUGUGUAAAGAAACAUGUUUGUGCCAGAUUACCGGUGACCAUAAAUUUUUAUACUUUUUUUUUUUCUUUUUGCAAAGUUAGAAAUUAGUCCAGAAGGUACAUGAAUUUUUGUACUCAUGCUGUUUUUAAGGUAUACUUGUAUUGUCCUUUUAGGGCUCUAGAAAUAUAUUUUGUGCCAAUUUACGCAGAUACAACAAAAAUGAAAUUGUAAUUCAUAAACAUGUAAAAAGAUAAUUUUCGAGGCAAGAUGUUAAGAGACCAAUAAAUAAUACAAUAUUAUUUCUUGUGAAAUUAAAAAAUAUGGUUCCUGAUUAUUCAGUACUACUGUGCCAUCUUGAUUAUUGGAAUGAUUCAGAAGUUUGUAAAAAAAAAAAAAAAAUGCUCUAAUAAAUCAUACCAUCUCUGAAAUACA